AUGACCACCUACCAGACUCUCUUCUUGAUUCCUCUGGCUAUAUCCACCCUGGUGACCGCAUGGCUCCCCGAAACCGACAAGACAAUCACCUCUCGCAAUGGAACCAACCUCUUCGCGAGCUCAAAAGGCAAGAUCCGAGGAGUAAACAUGGGCUCGCAGUUCGUGUUUGAGCCCUGGAUCGCCGAAAAGGCCUGGUCAUCCAUGGGCUGCAAAGGACAAAAAUCCGAGUUUGACUGCGUCGUAUCAUUAGGCCAGGACGCGGCUAACAAAGCGUUUGCCCAGCACUGGGGCUCGUGGAUCACCCAGGACGAUAUCACGGAGAUCCAGAGUUACACGCUCAACACCAUCCGCGUUCCCAUAGGCUACUGGAUGAAGGAAGACCUUGUCAACAAGACCAGCGAGCAUUUCCCCCAGGGCGGCUUUGCGUACCUUGAAAAGCUGUGCGGAUGGGCCAGCGACGCCGGGCUGUACAUCAUUCUGGAUCUACACGGUGCACCGGGCGCGCAGACUCCGCAUAACCCGUUCACGGGACAGUAUGCGUCUACCGCGGGAUUCUACAAUGACUAUCAGUUUGGCCGGGCGUUGGAGUUCCUGGAGUGGAUAACGACAAAAGUCCACCAGAGCGAUAGUUUUCGCAACGUGGGAAUGCUCGAGAUUGUCAACGAGCCUCUGCAAAAUGCACAGAAGGUGGGCUCGAUGCGCUCGACCUACUAUCCAGACGCGUUUAAGCGGAUUCGUGCGGCAGAGCAGAAGCUCAAUGUUUCCAAGAGCGGCUAUCUCCAUAUUCAGAUGAUGGACAAGCUGUGGGGAUCUGGCGAUCCCGAGGAAUAUCUCACCGAUAAAUACUACGUCGCGUACGACGACCAUCGCUAUUUGAAGUGGGAUCCCAAGGUCAAUGUUUCUAAGGAGAACUAUAUCAGCACGUCGUGCAGCGAUGAGUUGGAUAGCAAUACUCCCACCAUCGUAGGCGAAUGGAGCCUGAGCGUCCCCGACGACGUGGCGAGUACUCCAGACUGGGAUAUGGAUACCAACAAGGACUUCUACAAGAAGUGGUUUGCUGCGCAGAUAACGGCGUAUGAGAAACAGCGUGGAUGGGUCUUUUGGACGUGGAAGACACAGCUGGGGGGCUAUCGGUGGUCUUAUAAAGAUGCGGUUGCAGCGGGAGUAGUUCCCGAAGAUAUUGAUUCAGCGUUGAACAUGGGUGUGUGUAACUGA